AAAAUGGAUGCAACUGAUGACACGGAUAUUGAUAGUAAAUGGAUGGACUUGUACGAGAACUCGACUUCCAUAAUUUUUGUUAACGACUCGUGGCCAAAUUCUGAAGUCCUACCAGCAGACACAAAUGAAAAUGAUACAGAGAUACCUGAUGCUCUAUCAUCUCUAACAAUCUGCUUUGUAGGAUCAUUUCUAGCACUUCUUAUCUUCCUUUCAAUUGCGGGUAAUAUUCUCGUGUGUAUUGCCAUUUAUACUGAACGUAGUCUUCGACGAAUCGGCAAUCUUUUUUUGGCUUCUCUUGCCAUUGCUGAUUUGUUUGUAGCAUCUCUUGUGAUGACAUUUGCUGGCGUGAAUGAUAUUUUAGGAUAUUGGAUUUUUGGUGCUAAAUUUUGCGAUACAUGGGUUGCAUUCGAUGUCAUGUGCUCAACAGCAUCAAUAUUGAAUUUAUGUGCCAUUUCACUGGAUCGCUAUAUACAUAUAAAAGAUCCAUUAAGAUAUGGACGGUGGGUAACGAGGCGUAUAGCUGUGGGGACGAUUGCGAUUAUAUGGAUUCUCGCUGGUUUCGUUUCAUUUGUGCCAAUUUCAUUAAAUUUACAUCGUCCAGAUCAACCAUUAAUGUUUGAUAAAGACGGAACUGAGUAUCCAACGUGCGCACUUGACUUAACGCCAACAUAUGCAGUUGUAUCGAGUUGUAUAAGUUUUUACGUUCCAUGUAUAGUAAUGAUAGGUAUUUAUUGUAGACUAUAUUGUUAUGCCCAGAAACAUGUACGGUCUAUAAAGGCUGUAACAAAAGAUCCCUGUGAAAUAACGGAAAAGAGAUACCGAAGUAUUAGACGCAUUAAUAAUAAGCCAAAUAAAAAACUGAAAAUGCGAAAUUUACAUCAUUCGUCACCAUAUCACGUAUCGGAUCACAAAGCAGCAAUCACUGUAGGUGUUAUAAUGGGUGUAUUUCUUGUGUGUUGGGUACCAUUUUUCUGUGUCAAUAUUGUGGCAGCGUUUUGUAAAACAUGCAUCGGUGGUCAAGCCUUUAAAAUUCUCUCUUGGCUUGGCUAUUCAAAUUCAGCAUUCAAUCCUAUAAUAUAUUCAAUCUUUAAUACGGAAUUUCGUGCGGCAUUUAAACGAAUUUUGACCACAAAAGCGAUUUGCUGUGCAGACGAUUUAAAUUAUCAUUGUCGUAAUUCUGAGAGAUUUGUGACAGAUUAUCAAUCAGCAAAAUGUUCUCACAUACAUUCGGGUAGGUCAUCAGCAGAUUUGGAACAAGUGUCAGCUAUUUAGUACAGGCAAGUGACGAUUCAUUCACCUAUAGAAUCUUAAAUAAAUUUAACUUUAGUUUUAAUUUCACAAAAUUAACAAACUUUAAAGAAAUUUUGCACAUAACUAUUUAUAAUUUUUUGAUGAUAAAUUUAAAUUUUAGAUGAAAUUUUAAAAUUUAUGGUGAAGAAUGUUUAUUGAAAUUGACAAUUUUUUCAUCAAAUUAAAAUUUGAGGAA